CCUCGCUCGUCGCCAUGCCCCUCACCAUACAAUCGUGUCGCUCGUGUAAUCAGAUUGGGAAUCGCAGGUAUUCGCCCCAAUUUGUGCAAAAUUUGUCGAAUUUCCUCACCAGCUUGAAUUUCUCUGCUGGCUCCCGUUAGUUACGUGAUCACGCAGAGUAGACCCAGUUUUAGUUUUGCAAGUUCUCGGCAAUCUUACGUUUGGAUACGGUCUUUUGGGAUUCGAGAAGUCUGGCAGUUUGGUUGGAGAUUCAUCGCGGGAAUUAGUGUUGGUAGUGUAAUUGAGGAUUCCCCGUAGAGUGAGUUUGUUAGAACUUGGGUCGUGAGCAGAGAUGGUGGUUGCUACAGUUCUGCAAUCGGCUCAGGCGUCGUUGGCGGCCGCUUCGACGAGCCGGCUUGGGGCAGCUGGGUUUCGCAAGGAGGGAUCACUUGGAGCGCAAUGCAGGCACCGAAGCAUCGGUGUGGUCGGUGGGCAUCGACCUUGCUCCAUUCGCGCUGCUGCGGGGACGUGCUCCAAGGAUGACCAAGUCCUGCCAAACGCUGUCACUAAAGCGCUCCAAAAAUGCGCUACGUGCGUGGCUGUAGCAGCCGCACUGCUCAUGCCCCUGUCUGCAACAGCUGCUGAUGUCGCCUUCGAAAGGGGUCCAGUCAUCCCUGAAUUGAGUGUUUUGAUUUCAGGCCCUCCCAUUAAGGACGCUAAUGCACUGCUACGCUACGCCCUCCCUAUCAACAAUAAAGCCAUUAAAGAGGUCCAAAAGUCUCUUGAAGAGAUUACUGACGAGAUGAAGGUGCCAGGCGAGAAAGCGCUUGGUCCAGUGGAAAGGAGUGUGCGACAGGCGGCACGGUUAUUCACUCAGAAUAAGGCGCAAAUCCUUGCAGAUUUAGCGCCCGCGAAAAAGCAGGAGGGUGAGCAGGUUCUGAAUCUUCUUAGUGACGGGCUUCAAGACUACCAAAAACAGUUGGAGUCGAAGGAUCGGAGUAUUGUUUUCCCAAAGCAGAAGGAACUUCUUCGCAUAGUUGGCGACGUUGAAGAGGCUAUGGUAGACAAAUUUCCCUAUGAAAUUCCUGAGGAGUUUGCCAACAAACCACUUCUCAAGGGACGAGCUACUCUGGAGAUGAAAAUCAACGUCAAAGAUAACCCGAACGUGAAAGACGCAAUUCUCCAAAUCGUACUCGAUGGAUACAACGCCCCUGUCACUGCUGGCAAUUUUAUUGACCUUGUUGAGCGCAAAUUUUACGAUGGCAUGGAAAUCCAACGAUCGGAUGGAUUUGUGGUACAAACUGGAGACCCUGAGGGACCCGCUGAAGGUUUUGUAGACCCAGCUACGGGCAAAGUCCGCACGGUUCCAUUGGAGAUUAUGGUGGACGGUGAGAAGGAGCCCAUCUACGGUGCCACUCUUGAGGAACUUGGCAAGUACAAGGCAACUACGACACUGCCAUUCAACGCAUUCGGCACCAUGGCAAUGGCACGGGAGGAAUUUGAUAAUGAUUCGGGAUCCAGUCAAGUGUUUUGGCUGCUGAAGGAAAGUGAAUUGACACCUAGCAGCGCUAACAUCCUUGACGGCCGUUACACAGUCUUCGGUUACGUGACUGAGAACGAAGAGUUGCUAGCCGACCUUAAGGUCGGUGACGUCAUCGAGAGCAUACGUGUAGUCAAUGGCUUGGAUAACCUGGUAAAUCCAAGUUACAAAGUGGGUGCAGCCUAGACUCCUGUAAUUGUAAACCCAUUUUUGUCAAGAUGAAAGAGUAAAUCUUCUAUUUAUCUUCCACGUUUACUGGUGUACACUUUUGUUUAAUAAAACGAUGUCGAAUCUUCUACAUUUCAUGUAGAAUGAUUGUUUGAAGUCA